CCCCAAACCCUCCACAAUGUCCACCCCCACCCCCAACCCAACCCUAAUCCUCACCCCCGGCGCCUGGUACCCCCCUCACGCAUUCUCCCCCCUAAUCACCCACCUCCCCACCUACACCUGCCACACGGUAUCCUUCCCGUCAAUCCAAGCCGCCACGGAAGUAAAAGACCUCCAACCCGACAUCCUCACCAUCCGCACCCUCGUCGAAAAAGAAGCCGACGCCGGAAACGACAUCGUGAUAGUGUGUCACAGCUGGUCGGGACUUCCCGUGAACAGCGCCCUAUCCUCUCUCAGCAAGGAAUCGCGCCAAAAAGAAGGGAAAGUGGGCGGCGUCGUGAAAAUUAUCUUCAUCUCGGCGUUUAUCCCCGAGGUGGGGGAGAGUUUGAUUGCUGCUUUUGGGGGGGAGGCGCCGGAGUGGUAUGUUCGGGAUGAAGCAGCUGGGACUGUAUCGACGAGCGACCCAUACAGUUUAUUCUUCCACGAUGUGCCGGAUGGAAAGGCCUGGGCGGAAACAUUACGGCCUCAUGCGUGGGCGACGAAGAUUUCGCCGGCUACGGGGCCGCCUAUGUGGAUAUUCCCAGAGGAUCGAGCGAUACCGUUGUUUGUGCAGGAGUUGAUGGUGGAGAAGGCGAGGGCAAAGGGGGCGAGGAUUGAGACGGAGAAGAUUAAGACGGCGCAUUCGCCGUGGUUGGUGGUUCCGGAUCAGGUGGCGGAGUUUGUCAAGAGGCAUGCUACUGCUACUGCUACUACUGCUGUUUAGAUGUGGAUAUAUAAUUGGGUGGUAGGUGUUGGGUUAGCUACUGAGUGAGUGGUCAGUUGGGAAUAGAGGUAUGCUGUGUUCUUCUGUUGGGUUUUUCCCACUUUGUAGGUAGUAUUGUUGGAGUCAUAGAUUUAUUCAUCAAAG